CUCCCAAGCGUCAUGAGUUAAACACUACUUGCAUUGAGUUCUGGCGGACAAAAACUAGGCCCACCUAAUUACUCGAUUUGAGGGAAGCAACUCGAUCUUAGUGAUGGAUAGUGUAUGGGGCAGAGCCUCAAGUUGAGUUACUGUAGGAACAAGCCGUUUCAGUAUGCUAAGCCUCUGCCUAGUGAGGGCUUAGAUUCUCAUCCCGACUAUUCCGUUUCUAAUACCAUUGAGUAUAGCCGCCAGUCUCGAAUUGUCCAAGGUGUAGGGUAACCAAGCUGGAAUGCUUUGUCAUGUCUUGUCUGGGGUAAAUGCUUGCUUCAGAGUCCAACCACUCAAAACUCUCCAUUGCCGCAGGUGCUACCGCAAAAGGGUCAGAGCUCCCCCAGACCGAUGUCAUCUCGCCUUGGCUGAGUCCCCCAUGAAGCUUGUAUCAUCAGCCUUGCCAACAUCAACACCAACACAUCAACCCUGCUUGCGCGUACUCUUACCAAUAUACACACCGCAUUUUAUACUGUCAGGAGCACAUCACGGGACUUGAUAUCCCUACUGCCCAUAUUUCAAUGUGACUAGCCGACCAAAAGAACCCAUCCGGCCCCUCCGGCUUUGACCUUCGUAAUCAGCCUCACACAAUGAUCGCGAAACCAGCAUUCCGCGGUCUCUCGAGUCCCGUCAAUCGAUCUAGACGUCUCCCUACGACCAUCGGAGCUAUUGCAUUCUUCGUCAUGUGUCUCUUCUAUCUCCUCUUCUCUAUUGCGCCUUGCAUGGUGUACGGGAACUGUUACCGUGGUUAUUCGAGCGCUUACAGCUUCGAUGUCGACUUAGCUCACAACCCAGCUUGGAUGGCUGAGAUCCCCGAUGAUGUGUAUCUCACGAGCCUCAGCAUACCAGGAACGCACGAUACCAUGACCUACGAUAUAGAAACAGAGGUCCUGCAGUGCCAGAACUGGAACUUGACAAUGCAGCUGGAAGCGGGUCUUCGCUACUUUGACAUCCGCGCUCGUGUGCGCGACGAUGAGUUGCACAUCUACCAUGCCAACGGCUACACUGGAUUCAGCUUUGAGGAUGUCAUCAGCUACAUGAAUGAUUUCUUGGACAGGAAUCCAUCCGAGACUAUUGUUAUGCGCCUCAAGCAGGAAGGUGGUCGCAUUGGAGACAACAACACCCUGUCGUUUGAGGAUGCCUUCAACAAAUACCCUCUUGGAGACAGGCUCUACAACUACAGCGCUACUGCCCCCCUGCCAACGAUUGGAGAACUUCGCUCCAAGAUCUUUGUGCUUGAAAACUUCCCAGCCAGGCACGGAGGACCUUAUGGCCCCAAGUGGGAGGGUCCUCAGAUGGUGCUCGAAGACAAGUGGAUCAUCCCUGACAUUUACCAUCUUUCUGACAAGUGGACUGCGAUUCGUGAUGCGCUCGAGCUCGCGGCAACAGCACCUCUGGACAACAAGAUCCUCUACCUCGCUCAUAUUUCAGCCUCUGUAGGUGUGCUGCCGAUCGAAGCUGCGGCUGGGCCAAUGAACCGCACUGUCACUGGGAUGAACGAUAUGACGGGCCAAUGGAUCAAGGAUUUUGAAGAUAACCCAGACACGAGCCGCACUGGAAUCAUCAUUAUCGAUUUCCCAGGAAAGAAGUUUAUUGAGGCCAUCCUUCGGUGGAACAAUUCAUUAAAGAAACAAUCAUAAGCAAGCGGAUACCCCGGAUGAGAGACUGCAGGGUGAAAUGAGGAUAAGCGUCUACGUAAGAGAAGUGAGUAUACUUGGGCAUAGACAG